GCGUGACAGAAAGUGAACAAUAGAUUUUCUGUAUAGUCAUACGGCACAUCUGAGGAGAAGUUUGUUUGUUUUUAAUGACUAUUUCGCAUUGCAAUUAAUCUGAUUUUUAAAACAUUAUCAGAAUUGGCAGAAGUGGAAGUGACCAGUAAGGCAAAAUGGCAGAAGCUGGUUUUCCUAGUAAGCCAAGGAUGGGAAAAGUAUGCACCUGUGUCGUAGGGGAUACUUUCAAUUCUGAUAAGGACUUGGUAAGACAACUCACUGGCCGAGGAGACUGUACUGAAGUGUCACUAGUGGAGAGUGAUGUCAUCAUAAUGAUCUGUCCUAUGUUCGGUAACUUUGGAAUUCUGGACCUUGAUAUACAACUGGAGGUGGUCUCAGAAUACCUAGCUGGUAGACCUGUUGUUCUGGUGGUGCUGCAUCAUGACACUUUUGACCCAGACUCCACUAUACCUGACAGCAGCAGACUAGUGACCAGGGGCGAGGUAAUACUCACAGUGGACUGUCUGUUUAAUCACAGAGGUCUGCUGGACUGUCCUCGCAAUAAAGAAGCAGUCGAUAUGAUUCUGAAGAGGCUAAACGUCCAACCAAAGCAGGAAUUCACAGAAGGUAAGCCAAGGAUGGGAAGAUUAUGCACCUGUGUCGUAGGGGAUACUUUCAAUUCUGAUAAGGACUUGGUAAGACAACUCACUGGCCGAGGAGACUGUACUGAAGUGUCACUAGUGGAGAGUGAUGUCAUCAUAAUGAUCUGUCCUAUGUUCGGUAACUUUGGAAUUCUGGAACUUGAUAUACAACUGGAGGUGGUCUCACAAUACCUAGCUGGUAGACCUGUUGUUCUGGUGGUGCUGCAUCAUGACACUUUUGACCCAGACUCCACUAUACCUGACAGCAGCAGACUAGUGACCAGGGGCGAGGUAAUACUCACAGUGGACUGUCUGUUUAAUCACAGAGGUCUGCUGGACUGUCCUCGCAAUAAAGAAGCAGUCGAUAUGAUUCUGAAGAGGCUAAACGUCCAACCAAAGAUCCCUUCACCAACCCCAUGGUAGGACCCUGGUAACAAUCACACACAAAAAUGAUUCAAGGACCAUUCAGGGUCCACUCACUCAGGCCUAUCCACAAGCUCUCAAGGUCCUAUACUAUUUCCUCCUACAACACCCCGAUGAGAAGCAAAAAGCCUGGUACAAUGACUGGCCUGGCACCCCUGGCCUGUGGGAGAGAGUUGGCACAGAACUCAUCAGUGCCUAAAGUGCCCAGCAGAGGGUCCACCAGAAACCCUGGGGGCAGCCCUGGCAGUGAUGAAGGAUCUCCUACCUUGACAUUUUUCGAAACCAUUUUUCCAGUGUUUAAGGUUUCUGAAAAGUUAAGCACACAAUAUGCUACAGUUCUACAGCUACAGUAGAUUACAAAAUGUGUUUGACAGUAGUCAACAUGCUCCAUUAAGAUGCAUUGUCACAGCUCAGUGAUAUCACUUGCAGAUGUUUGUAGAUCAACCAGUGUCCUGUUUAUUUUUUUCAUUGAGUUUAGAAACACAAUUAUACAUGUCAUUCAGUUGUAGCUUGUUAGCUCUGAUAAAGACUUACUCAUGUACAUGUU